AGUUAACGUAAAUCUACAUUGUUGCCAAUUUCUCAGUAGUGGUGAAUUAACGGUUAAAAAAGCAGGUAUAAAUACAGUUUCGUAACGUUUUCGCGCGUUAUUCCCAACAAGAUCGUCUCAACGCACGAACUCGUUCGCACUUGAUUAGAAGUCUCGAAGAAAAAACUCAACGUUGAGAAGAUGACUGGUCGUGGAAAAGGUGGAAAAGUGCGUGGAAAGGCCAAGUCUCGGUCAAAUAGGGCAGGGCUUCAAUUCCCCGUUGGUCGCAUCCACCGUUUGCUUCGUAAAGGAAACUAUGCCGAACGCGUUGGAGCUGGGGCCCCCGUUUAUUUAGCGGCUGUCAUGGAGUACCUCGCCGCGGAAGUUCUCGAGUUGGCAGGAAACGCCGCCAGGGACAACAAAAAGACUAGGAUCAUCCCCCGUCACUUACAACUCGCAAUUCGUAACGACGAAGAGUUAAAUAAGUUAUUGUCCGGGGUUACGAUCGCCCAAGGUGGAGUUCUACCCAAUAUCCAGGCGGUGUUAUUGCCGAAGAAAACUGGAACAAACACAUCCGGGGCUAAAGGAGCCAAAACUGCUUCGCAAGAUUAUUAAGAUUAUUUCUUUUAGAACGUAAUUAACUUGUAUUAUUUUUCUGUGUCCUACAUCUUCGACAAAUUUAGUAUUUUUCUUUAAUUUUUGGAAUAAUCUUAAUUUGUAAAAAAAUACUAAAAGAUUCUUGGGCAUUUAUUAUUAUUAAAGUGA